GUCACAGUCCGCAGAGUGAGUCUGGGCUGGACCUGCCCCUUCCGAGCGGCGUGGUCUCGGAAGGCGGGGAGCCGGGGAGCCGGGCUGUCCCGCCGAGCUGUUCGCCUUGCCCCUCUCGUGGCACGGUCUGCUGCUUCGCCCGCGAAGUCCUCACCGAGAAUUUUUUUUAAAUACGCAACGGAACCUUCUUUCUGAAAACCUUAUUUGGAAGCCCAGUUUGUAAAAUGAUAGAAAGACCUUCCUGUGCCGCAGCGGGGACCGAGAGGCGCUGUGACAGAGUCCAGGAAGCGCCUGGCGGUUUUGUCCCUGCGAUGGGAUUCGCAAGAUGAGUCCUGGGCGUCUGUGCAGUUUCAGUUUUCCUUUGACUUUGUUCGACUGUCUGCCCUGCAGUUCGAGAAUUCGCAUGUUUCUCAUACAUACUGGAGACAGGCCCCCGAUUUCCAGUGAAGGCUCCUCCCUGCCCCUGCUUUCUCGCACGCGUGUGGGCUGAGACUACCUCGCUGCGGUGUGCUUGCCCAGGCGCAGUGGGAGUGGAAGACUGUGUGUGCCAGACUUACUGAGACCAACCGAAUGGAUUAAUUAGGGCUUUUCCACCGAAAAAAUGUGAACAGUGUUUCUGCUGUGGAGCAGUCUUUGAAGAAAUAUAUGAUAUGUGGAGGAGCAAACUCUUGGGGAGAAAGAAAUCUAGGUUCAUCUUGCGCAUUUUCAACAGCAGAUCUGGAAACAGCCCUUUCUUGGAGCCUGGUUCCUUUGAGUGGGAAUUUGUAUUCAAGGAUCACUGUUGGGAUACCACAGUUAUAUAAUAUUUCAUUGUGUGAAUGUGCUGUAAUUUAAUCAAUCACUCCCAUAUUAUUGGACAUUUGGAUUGUGGUUAGAGAGUCUUGGCUGUUAUAAAUAGUGCCAUAGUGAAUACCUGUGACCAUGCCUAUUCUGGCCAAUUACUUGUUCCCAGGAGUGACUGACAGGAAGGAGAGGUUGAAAAUAGGGGUCGGAGGAAGGCUGUGGCGGGAAGCCCCUUCAUAGCUGGGUGAAGAGGAGAGCAAAGAGCCCAGGCACAUUCCAAGAGCUGAGGAAUGUUGGUGACAUUAAUGUGCUUUUUUGACCUUAAAAGUAAAACAGCCAGUUAAGUUAUUUCAACCAGAAAAAUGGUUUUAUUGUGAAGAACUACAAUUUGGGACAAGCAAGAUGUAGGAACAUCUCAGCUUUAAGUCCAUGGCCCAAAAUGACUCUACCACUGGAUACUCUCUUCUGUAAAGAAGACGACCAGACAGGAGGCUGGGAUGAGCAUGCCAUUGCAUCAGAUCUCUGCCAUUCCAUCCCAGGAUGCCACCUCUGCGAGAGUCUACAGAAGUAAGACCAAAGAAAAGGAGCGGGAAGAGCAGAAUGAGAAGACUUUGGGACAUUCCAUGAGUCAUUCCAGCAGCAUUGCUAAGGCCGGGGGUCCUCCGCUGGUGCUGGCUCCAGUGUCUGCCUUCGCUCGCUCUUCUGUCACGCCUUCCAGCCAGGACAUCUGCAGUUCCAGGGCAGUGUUUUCUGAGUGUUGUCACCACAGUCCCAUGCAGUCUGCUGUUGUCUUGAAAGCUGCUCAGGGCCAGAGCUCUCUGACCCAGGGGCUUGCUGUGACAGUUAUCUGUAAGGACACAUUGCAGGCGCCAAGGAGGAGCCCCGCUGGUUCAGAGGGGGCCCAGGCCUUGAGGCCUGCUGAGAACAGCAAAGCCAGAAGAACACUGAAGUUCUCAAAAUCCCUGAAUGAUGUGGGCGAGAAGGCCCAGCCCACUUGGGAAAAUGUCGACUAUGUGGAAAGAGCUUGCUCUGAGGGGAAGUUGAUACACUCUCAAGACUGGUGUCUCAGGAUUGACAGGUUCCGUCCAAGACAGAAAAGAGCUCUGAACUGCAAACCUCUGGGCCGUUCCAGACAUUCUUGCGUCUCAUCCCUGUUUGCCCAUCAUUCAACUGCCCCAGAAGUGGAAGGUGGCAGGGGGGGCAUGCAUGUCCCUCUCUUGGAAGAGAGCGCGGAUGGUGAGGCCGCUUCCAGAAGCCGGCGACUGCUCAGGUGCCUGUUCUCCCUGUCGCAUGGCUCGCGCGCCAGCAGCCUGCACAGGUUCCACGAGCUGGAGAGCGGCGCUGCGCACCUGCACAGCGCCACGUCCUCCCGCGGCCUGGCGGGGAGCACGGGCUUCUGCUCCGACGACAUGGGAGACGACGACGUCUUUGAGGACAACACCUCCUCAAGACUGAAGAGCAGGGUCCUGCGGGCACCCCUCUGCUCAGUGGAGAAGGACAGUGACCUGGAUUGUUCUUCCCCCCUCUCUGAAAAAUGCCCCCCCAUCUCUCCUGUGUCCACACCAGGGGAUGCCUGCAGGAUCUGUCACUGUGAAGGGGACGAGGAGAGCCCUCUGAUCACGCCCUGCCACUGCACCGGGAGCCUGCACUUCGUGCACCAGGCCUGCCUGCAGCAGUGGAUCAAGAGCUCGGACACGCGCUGCUGCGAGCUCUGCAAGUACGAGUUCAUCAUGGAGACCAAGCUGAAGCCCUUGAGAAAAUGGGAGAAGUUGCAGAUGACAGCCAGCGAGCGCAGGAAGAUCGUGUGCUCUGUGACGUUCCACGUCAUCGCCAUCACCUGUGUGGUCUGGUCCUUGUACGUGCUCAUCGACCGCACCGCCGAGGAAAUCAAGCAGGGGCAGGCAACAGGAAUCUUAGAGUGGCCCUUUUGGACCAAGCUGGUGGUGGUGGCCAUUGGCUUCACUGGCGGACUUCUCUUCAUGUACGUUCAGUGCAAAGUGUACGUGCAGCUGUGGAAGAGACUCAAGGCUUAUAACAGAGUGAUCUAUGUUCAGAACUGUCCAGAAACAAGCAAAAAGAGUAUUUUUGAAAAACCUGCACUCGCAGAGCCCAACUUUGACAGUAAAGACGGACGGGGAGCCCACCAUUUCGACACGAACUCUUGCUGCACAGAACCUGAAGACACUGGAGCAGAGCUCGCCCCCGUCUGACCGAGUCGGGUGCUUUUCCUGGCAUCCGUGGGCAGCUGCAGGAAACUGCUUGCUGCCAACUGUGUACCUUCCCACGUGCUUCAUGAGCACAGACCGGACAGGUGACUAUUUUUCAUCGUUUCUCUUUUCUAACCUCCUCCGUGAACGUCCUGGGAAGCUCUCACUUCGGCUCCACGUGUCUGGUUCCCCUCCUGCCGGCACAGCUGUGCCCGUGACGCCGUGGUGGGGGUGGGCCAUGGUCUUGACUGAGCAGAGUGCGAGAAUAAAAUGUCAAACCCGAGGGAAGGGCAGGAGCAGGGUGGCACCAGGCCUGAUGCACGACUCGUCAGUGGGCAGCAGCCUCGCCCUGGGGCGGCGUUGGGACCGCCUGGCCGCGCAAGAGGGUUUCCUUCCUCGCGGGGAGAGCCGGGCGGUGUGCUCCCUCUGCCGUCGCCGCCGCUGCUGCUGCGUCUCCGAGCAGGUGGGCCGAGGGGCUCUGCCCGGUGCCCGGUGGCCGGUGAGCCACUGAGCAAACAGCACUUUACAGAAGGAGAAUCUUUGUUUUAUUAUGUGUGUCCAGUAAGAUUGGCGUUUAAAAGAAUGUCUCACUUAGAAACCUUUUCUCCAUGACCUUGGUGGUCUCUUGUGUGUUAUAAUGGAUCUAAAACACUUUUUGCCUUAUGUGUUUGAAGAAACAAGACAUCUGUUCUGCGUCCAUUAAAGCACGACAAAUAGGUCUGACGCUUUCUCAUCACAUGUCAGGGAAUUAAUGGAGUCUGAGCUUAUUUCCUAUGGUUUCCAACAUGUUUUAUGACAAAUCUUUAUAGGCCUACCCCAAACAUUUCUUUCUUGGUCAACACUGCAAAGAAAGGGCUUAUUCUAAACAAAAGGAAAAGAAGUGAGUAGUUAAAACAAAAGAAUAAUUAAAAACCAUUCCUUUACCCACACACCUGUCAAGUUCAUGCUGGCUUCACACUGAAAAGUCAGCAUGCACAUCCCUGGUCUGGGCAUGUGCACGGCAGGUACUCCUGGGCUUCUGCCACACCAGCCAGCUUUGCUCCUGGGCGCUGGGCUGAUCACUGCCCAGGGCAGACAGGCAGGCAGGCUGGCUCUGGGACCAGGGCCGGGAGCGAGCCGCAGACUGCCAUGCCCGCUGUCGUCUGUUCCCUCAGCCACCCUCCCAACCUGUGGUCGCCUUAACUGGACUGAGCAGAGAUGAUUUUUUAGGGGCCCUGGCCUCGCGAUCCGUCUGUUCUGUCAUCAGGGAUUAGCUCCCAUACCGUUUUUCAUAAAACAAACAAAACCAAAAUUACUACCAAAUGGCUUUUGUUCCUUAAAAAGUCUAUUUAAAAUUCUGCCUUUAAAAACGAGUGUCAUUGCACCAGGGCAAUGAGUGAACUCCUGGGAAGGCCAGGAGGCUCUGCAGUCACGCAGGCAUGCGCAGGUGUUCACUGCGUGUGCACAGCCUCCUCGGGGUGAGGUGCCUGGGUCCUCCCCUCUGUCCUCUGAGCCUUCGAUACCGCCUGUCUUGUUGAGAGGAUCACAAGAUGGUCCUUCACUUCCCAGAGAGGAAGCCCUGGGGCCUGCUCGGAAAACCAGGAGGAAGCUGCAGGGUGUCAGCUCGGGGAGGGCGUGUGGCACCAGCCUGCUCUGCCACCUGCUCCCAGAACUGCCCUUCAGGGCCACGGCUUCUGAUCUCAGGAGCUGCUCGGCCAUGGCCUUCCUCUGCCUGUGGCCUCAGCCCUUGAAAACGGAUCAGCAGCCCUCUCACUGCCUCCCAGGACACGUCCAGCCCCUGCCUGUGUUCACUGUGCCCCAAAGUGCAAUUACCGACACCCCUUCGCAGCCUGGAGACCCAGCAGACUGUUCACUCAGAGCUGCUGAAUGCUGGCCAACCCCGACUCUGCCCCUGAGGAGCGACCUAGCAGGGCCCUUGUCUCUGCUGCCCUCUAACAGCGGCUGAGUGGUCAGGUGAAGACGGGGUAGGUUGUAAGUGGGAAUCCUUCUCUCUCCCCUGAUGGAGCCCCUUAUGCUGAACUUGCAAAGUACUGAGACUUCCCACAGAGGUAAGCGCUUCAGCAGCAGU